GAAGAAGGUGGGGGGAAAAGUAGCUACUGUUUAUUUUGUGAUCGCCAGUUUAUUAAUGUCUCAUUGAUGAGAUAAAAAAUACAUCAUAUUACAACUUGUAUGUGAGUGAUGGAUCCAAUUCACCCUCUGGACACACUGCAUGGCAGUGGUGAUCAUGACGGUGUUGAUGCCACCUCCUGGGUGUCAGUGUGUCCCAGAGGCCUCUGGAAAGUCCAGCAAAAGCGAACACGCAAGGAGAGUCUACAAAGUGUGUCUAAUUCUGGAGAUGUUACAUCAUCUGGUUCAUCGGGUUACUGUCCAAGGCUGGGUUCACUGUGUCAAGUCCGAGUGCGGCUCAAGGCUAACAUAGAUGACACCAGGAGUUCAGUAUCUGAUGAGGGAAAUGAGAAGCUGCCAGUCCUACCUGACCAGUCAGUCGCUGAAGUCACAGAAGCCAUGGAGACAGCCUUCCCAAGGUGUCAGGACUCUGUGCUGCAGGUCCCACUGGGUGACUGGACUACGCUGAGGCUGGGGGAGGGUCAGUGCGAUAUCACAGAAGCAUGUUUGGAGGGGAUGAGAGCCGGAGAGAAGUGUGAGAUAACACUUUCUCCAGUUGGAAAUGGACCAGAUGUCUCUGUUCCACAGUCUGCAGAGGAACACCUGCCUUUAUGUGCCACAGUUGAACUUCAAGCUUUCACGCCAGGCAAGGAAUCCUGGGAGAUGUCUCCUAGUGAAAAAUGGGAAUGGGUGAAGUCACACAAGGAGAGGGGCGGAGUGAGAUUCAGGGGUGGGGAUGUGUGGGGAGCUGCAGACAGCUACAGCCGAGCCCUAAAACUCCUCAUCACUCUCUAUGGCCAUGUCAGAGAGCUGGGGAAAGAAGGACAAGAGAAAGAAGCAGAGGAGCAGAGAGACACAAGCAGUGGCGAUAAAAAACAGAAGCUACCUUCAGUAAAUGAAUUCAGCACCAUCAAAGCAGAGCUCCACUCAAACCUGUCUUUGUGCCAGCUCAAACUGAACCAGCCAGAGCGGGCUAAGGCCAAUGCGGCUAAAGCCACUGAGCUGGAACCAGGUGGAGCUAAAGCCUGGUACCGACUGGGCCAGGCCUGCCAGAUGGUGAAUGAGCUGGAGGAGGCCAAGCGGGCGUUUAGGAAACUGCUAGAGCUACAGCCAGAAUCUACUGCUGCUUUGAAGGCACUUAAGGACAUAGCAAGUAGAGAGAAAGAGACAAACGCACAGUUGGGACUGAGACUCAGCAAAAUGUUCAGCUGAAGACUAAAUCUGAUCAUUUUAUUGUCAGAUACUAUCACAAGAGCUGUGUGCGUGAGUGAAUUUACUGAAUGUAACUUCAAAGUAAAAACCAUGUGUCGAAAAUUUAUUUUGCAGCUGUUAAUGUGCUGGUUUGGGGGUGUACCUUUACUUACAUUACAAUGCCUCAGUGCAACUUUGAGGUACCUGUAUUUUACUUAUGUAUGAUCUUUUCAUGCCACUAUACUUUUACUCCAUUACUUUACACCAGUAUAAUUAUUUGACAGCUGUAGUUACUUGUCACUUUGCAAAUUCAGACUUUACAUAUAAAAAUUAAUGAUUAAUUGAUCAGUAAGAAUUCAUUUCAUGCAAAAAUGUUAAACAUAUUGUGGUUCUAGCUUUGCUUCCCAGCUUUGCUCUUUUUCCCUUGCAAUUAUUUUAAUAGGAGAGUGAAGGCAUCACUUGGGCUCUGGGCAAUUGUUAUGGGCAUUACCACCACUAUUUUUAAAAAUCAUUAUUUGCAGUCUUACAUAGAUUAAUUAACAUUUUGCUCCAUCUCAGCUGACUACAAAAGCAAAAUGCUGCUUAGGGUUAUGCGUAAUAUAUCUUAGCAGUCUUGGGAUCCAUAUUCUGCAGAACUGAUGACUGUUAAUGCUUGAACACAUUUUACUGAUUAUGCUUUCUUUUACCAGUACUCUACUUACUUCUUUUACUGUGGAGGAUGUUGGGAGUGUAGUAUUAGUACUUUUGAAUCGAAGUAAAGAAUUGGAGUACUUCCACAACUGGUAGU